UUUUUCAAUAAUUAAAUUUUAGCUUUACUUUCUUUAAUCAUUUCUUUUUAAAAUGGCUGCAUGAGCCAUCAUUCUAAACUUUGAAUCAUACCACUAUAAAUAACUCCACACCAUUCUCAUCUUCACCUCACAACACACCUUCCUCUCCCUGUGCAAAAGUUGCACCCCUUCCUUCAUUCUCUCAGGCUUUUUUCUCUUCAAUGGCAUCAAAGUUGAUUUUUACCACUUUCGUUUUACUAAUGCUUCUGUGCUUGCUUCUUACGAGGGAGCCUUCUGGUUGUGGUUCUGCAUAUGAAUGCUUUGGUGCUAAUGCAGCUGGUCUCGGGGACAUUCCAAACAGGAAGGCGCUGACUCUUUUGAAGAAUAAGAAAACUGCUCUAAAAGUUUUGCAAGGAUCAUCAAGCAUCAAGUAUGGUGAAAAGCCACUGAGUUGGGAGUUAAGGAAGGUUCCUUCAGGUCCAGACCCGCUGCAUCAUAAUGGUGUCAACCCCAAAAAACCUCAAACUCCUUAAACUCACCACUUGAACCUGCUUUGCCCUAGUUUUUGUUAUCAGUGUGAACAUCUAUGGCAUAUGUUUAUUGAAAAAAAAAUAUAUAAACAUACACUCGUUUUCUUUUUUAUUAUCUCUUUGUAUUUCUCGUUUUC